AUGUCUCGCGCCGGGACUUCGUCGAAGGAUUGGACCAUCAUGCCUAUCAAACCGGACAAUCAGAUUUUGCUGGAGAAGGCCAACCACAUCGAGAUCCGAGACGUGUCUUCAUCGAUCCAUAUCCUGAUAUGGUACUCGAUACUCGCUAUACAGAUCUUGAUCCAUAUCCUGAUACACUUCCCGAUACCCCGUCUUGAACUUCAUGUGUCGGAAGUGCUACUCAAUAUUUUGACCCUCAGGAGGACUAUCAACAAACCCCAUAUCAUUUGGAUUCACGACAGCCUGCGUUCGAGAACUAUAGAAUAUCUCGUAGAUCAAAUCCCACUUACACACCUCGACGAAUUUCAACACGUCAACACUCACCAUUUCGUGUGAACAAGAGACGUGCCAUGCAUGAUCCACAUCCUAGAGCCGAUGAUCAGAGCUAUACAUCACAUCCACGCUCAUCUCUUCCUGUGCACAAUGCACCUACCUCAUCUCAUAGUUCAUAUUCUGGCACCCCACCUCAAAGAGGGGCAGCAUUUCAAGCCUCAUUUCCUCGUAUGAACAGCGGAUCUACCUCCCAUAAUUCGUAUUCUGGAGGCUAAUAUCAAGAAAAUCUACCAAAUAUAGUUAUAACUCCACCCCUCCCUCCAGCUUCGCCCUCCACUCCGCCUCUUCUUCGUCAAGCUCUUGUUGCGGCCGUUACACCCCAAUCUUAUCUUUAUCCAGUAGAUCCUACUAUUUUGAAUAGCGUCGACGAUGAUCAAGAUUAUGCGUUUUUAAGGCACGGGAAAGCUCGUUAUUCAGGGGUAUCAUACGUGCGGGCACAGAAGAAAGAAUCGGGAGUGGUACAACUUUCAGGAGAUUUUUGA